AAGAGAUAUUAUAUUCAUAGCGCGUUAUACCUAGGUUUUUGAGAAGAAUUUUGUGCUUCAUCGUGGGCUUAUUACAAAAUACAAAGUUGAAAGUUACCAAAUCGUUUUACCGUCUACGUCCGGUUGUCGAAUAACAAAAAAAUAUUAUUUAAUAUUCUUAUAGAAGUUGUGCAAUGGUCAGCGUUGCCGUGGUCGGACUAGGAUUAGCAGUAGUUGGUUUUGCCGGUCGUCAGGUCUUGCGUGCGGCCCCUCAUGUCGCCAAAAAAAUGAGCGACGUACUCAAUACGAUGUCAUUGGAAUCGUCUCUCAGUAAAUACCAUAAAGGUGGAUUCGAGCCUACAAUGUCAAAACGGGAAGCCAGUCUUGUUCUUGACGUGUCGCCUAACGCUCCAAAAAAUAAAAUAAGGGAAGCACACAGACGUAUCAUGUUGAUCAAUCAUCCGGAUAAAGGCGGUUCUCCAUACAUUGCAACCAAAAUCAACGAGGCCAAAGAUCUUUUAGAUAAAAAAUGAAUAACAGCCUUUGACACCUUUGGUUAAGUCAACGUCCAACCGACGUAAUAGUAUAGUGUAAAUAAUGUUGUACAAAUAAUAAUGGCAAAUUCUUCUGUGAUGUUAUCUAAAUUGAUUUUUUUUUUUAAAGUAUCUUUAUAUUAUAAUCUUUAGCUGAUAUUAUUAAUAUUUUGUUUAUACCUAAUCCAUUGUUAAAACUGUUGAAAUAAAAACAAGCACUUUUAUUAUUAACA